CGAGAGAUGCGAUCGGGAGUUAGACUGUCAGGCCGAUAGUGAAUGUGCCGAGUGAACGGCCCCGGCGGUUUUGCGGCCGGGAUUAAUCUUAAGGGCAUGCCAAUUCGGAAACUAUGGGUGCUCAACAGACUAAGGAAAGAAUCGUUCCUGUCGGCUCUACCGCGCGACAGACGCGCAAACAGCCAAGGAACCUUAAGGAAUCGCGGCUAGUUGGCUCCAAUAUAUUUACCGAGCACAGUGAGGCUCUUUUACAAAGUAGACCGCUACCUCACAUUCCGGCAUUACCCGAUGGUGAUCCCCCAAGCGGUUCCAGCAUUCAGCCACUUUCACAGCAAGUAAAUAUUCAACAACAUGCUGGUGUUCCAUCUACAGGUCUUCUGGAAGCUGCAAACAGGUGGACCAGUAAGGAAAACCUAUUAGCUCAAGAAGAGGAUGACCCGCAGUUGUUUGUCGCUCUCUAUGAUUUUCAAGCUGGUGGAGAAAACCAGCUCAGUCUUAAAAAAGGAGAACAAGUUCGUAUUCUGAGUUAUAAUAAGAGUGGAGAAUGGUGUGAAGCUCAUUCAAGCACUGGUCAAGUGGGUUGGGUUCCUUCAAAUUAUGUCACUCCAGUGAAUUCUCUGGAAAAGCAUUCUUGGUAUCAUGGAAGGAUAUCCAGGAAUGCUGCUGAGUAUCUCUUGAGUUCUGGCAUAAAUGGUAGCUUUUUGGUUCGUGAAUCGGAAAGCAGUCCAGGUCAACGUAGUAUUUCUUUACGAUACGAGGGUAGAGUCUACCAUUAUAGGAUUAACGAAGACAGUGAAGGAAAGAUGUUUGUCACUACUGAAAGCAAAUUUAAUACUCUGGCAGAACUUGUACAUCAUCAUUCAAUGCUCGCCGAUGGUUUAAUCACUCAAUUACUUUAUCCUGCACCAAAGCACAACAAACCUACUGUUUUCCCACUUAGUCCGGAACCAGAUGAAUGGGAAAUUAAUAGAACAGAUAUAGUCAUGAGACAUAAGUUAGGAGGAGGACAAUACGGAGAUGUCUACGAAGCUGUUUGGAAGAGGUACAAUAUGACUGUUGCCGUAAAGACCUUAAAGGAGGAUACAAUGGCUUUAAAAGACUUCUUGGAGGAGGCUGCAAUCAUGAAGGAAAUGAAACACAGAAAUCUAGUUCAGUUAAUAGGUGUGUGUACUCGGGAACCGCCGUUCUACAUCAUUACCGAAUUCAUGAGUAAGGGGAAUCUACUAGACUAUCUGCGGAACGAAAGCAAACAUCAAAUCAAUGCUGUUGUUCUGAUGCACAUGGCCACACAGAUCGCUAGUGGAAUGAGUUAUCUAGAAAGCAGAAAUUUCAUUCACAGAGAUCUGGCGGCUCGAAACUGCCUAGUGGGCGAAAAUCAUCUGGUGAAGGUCGCUGACUUCGGUUUGGCCCGGUUGAUGAGAGACGAUACGUACACAGCUCAUGCUGGAGCGAAGUUCCCUAUAAAAUGGACUGCUCCAGAGGGAUUAGCUUACAAUAAGUUCUCUACGAAGUCGGAUGUAUGGGCGUUCGGUAUCUUGCUGUGGGAAAUAGCCACAUACGGCAUGUCGCCGUAUCCUGGCGUCGAUUUGACAGAUGUAUAUCACAUGCUGGAGAAAGGCUAUAGAAUGGAGUGUCCUCCCGGAUGUCCACCGAAAGUUUAUGAACUAAUGCGUCAAUGCUGGCAGUGGUCAGCUGCUGACCGGCCUACGUUCAAGGAAAUACAUCACUCUUUGGAAAACAUGUUCCAAGAAUCCAGUAUUACCGAAGAAGUUGAAAAACAGCUUCAAGGUGGAGGUGAAAUCCCUUUACUUUCGUACAAGAAAUCUCAAACUGGUAGUACUGGAAACCUCCAUGGACUUGUUCUUGUCUCUGAACCACUAUCUUCUUCAGAUACUACUAGUUCCGUAACGAAACUGAGUACAUUUACGGGUGGCUUGUCAAGUAAGAAUAACAGCAGCAUCGUACAGAUGAGACGUUCCACGAAUAAAAAGGGGAAGCAAGCUCCAGCACCUCCCAAACGGACCAGCCUGCUGUCGUCGUGCAGUUCAUUCCGUGACUCUGCGUACCAAGAGCAAGAUACUCAAAAUACCGAAUCAAACACCAUGACACUUGACGACGCCACGGAUCUAAAUGGUAUUGAUAAGAUUCUCGAAGGUAUUGCGAGAGAUCUCGCGACGAUGGCUCAAGGAACGAUUGCUGCAGGCGGCUGCGAAAUCGAGGAGGACGGAGAGGGUUCUCAGGGUACGGCGGAACCGAACUUCAUGUCCCAGCCUUCAACAUCUCCGGAACCUAUACCUGGAUUAGCAUGUUCUCAAAAACAAAUCAAGUCAAGACCUUAUCCAUCAAAAGAACCAUUACCACCAAAGGUGGUACAAGUGGGGGCGUUAGAAGUACAGAACGUAAAAAGAGCGAUUAAUCGUUACGGCACAUUGCCAAAGGGUGCUAGAAUCGGCGCGUUCCUCGAGUCUAUUCGUCAAAGCGGCAUGCCAUCGAAUCAAGAAUCUACAUCUGUAACAUCAACCAUGACACCUGGCUCGGUCGAGCAACACGAAGCUUCUAUCGACAGUUCUCAACACAGAUCGCUCUCUCCACGUCAGAGCAAUCUCAGAAGUCAACCUCAAAUGACCCGUAGCAAUUCGUCGAGCGGUGUUGUCAAUACUUAUCAGCCUCCAAAUUCUCCCCGUGGUCGAGUAGUAGCCGUGAGAAAGAAUAAUCAAUCCGACGGUGUUGGUCUAAGAACGUUUCGGGUCUCGAGUAACUCAAACUUCCGCACUGCAAGUCCAUCGAGGUCCGUUCAACCGUCAUUAGCUGAUUUAGAAUUUCCUCCUCCACCCGCUGAUCUGCCUCCUCCACCGGACGAAUCUUUCACCGUUCAGGAACAGGCUGAUCUUCCGCCUCCCGUUCCUUGCGCUGAUAUUUCUCAAGUGAGGAGCUCUCCUCUCUCCAUUAGAAAGGCGAAGAGUACUGAUUGGCGAGCAAAAGAGGAAGACAGCGAACAACAAGAAGAUAGGAACGAUGUUAGUAACGCCGAGCCUUCAGUUAAAGAAGCCAGUUCGAGAUUCGGGGUUAAUCUGAGGCGUAGAGAAACUCAAGACAGCGUAUCUAGACCUUCCGAUAACAAAAGGACGGGGUUUAAGUCUAAAGUUGAAACGGUUGAGUCCGCUGCACCACCGGACGAAGCGCCACCUCCUCCCCCACCACCGCCGCCACCUGCUUCCGCGAAUACAGCCCCUGAUAGCUUCGAGCGUAAACCCGGUAUGAAAGAGAUGUUAGAAUUGAAACUGAUAAAUGAGAUUAAACAAAGCGCAGAGACAAAACAUGGCGCGACCACGAAGAAAACCGGAUUCGCGAGUAAUACCCCGUCAGCUCCCUUGGAUCCAGCAUCGCAAUUACUUUCGGAACUCUGUGCUAGUUUUAAUAUGGAUUCUGGUCCAAGACACGCCCAAAACGAAUACGCUGUGUCGACAUUAAAAACCAACGAGGCGAGUCAAGAUCAACAGCAACAAACACACACUAUUUACAAAGAUUCAUCAGUGUCCUCUCCAGUGACCGAGUCUAUUCUCUCCGCUGGAAACGUUGGGUUUAAAUUGAAGAGAGUGGAUAAGCGGAGCAAUCCGCAAAAGGAAGAGAUCACCGACGGACAAAUAAUUGAUUUCAAGGCAAGAUUGCGAAAAGUCGAGAACGCGGAGAAGGAGAAACCGUCGGAGGAGAGAAGUAACGUCACUGAGCAAUCCUCAGAAUCAGAAGAGCAACAGGAUGACAAGCGUAGAAGUACUGGCAGUAUCAGUAGUUUAAAGAAGCUUUGGGAAAACAAGGAGUCCUGUGACAGCCAGCCUCAUAGUCCAAAGCUUAGUGUACGAGGAAGCAGUGGCAAAUCAGAAACUCUUGACCCGACGGAAGACUCGCCGGAAGAUCAUAGUGGAGCUUCAACCCGUAGUCAGAGUUCUGGUAGCAAAAGCGAUACUAGAUUAUGGCCACCACCUGAACCAGAGAAACCUGCCGUACCGGCGAAGCCAUUGAAGCCUCUCUGUUCUUCGACAAAGCAUUUCUGCUCUUCAAUAUACGCGACACCGAAUUGUACGAAGUCUCAACACACCGAGGACGACUUGAGCAAGCAAAACACAGACUCGAGAACCGCGAAGCAGGCUGUUUUGGAGCUGUCGACGUUAAUCGAGAGCAGCGUACUAAAUCUGAAAAGUAGCUCGACGAUAGUAAUGACCAGCUGGCUUCAACUCUCAGACAAGGUAGGGCUGUUGCACGGAAUGUGCGCGAACCUUGCGGACAGUGGCAUCGCCCCGCACGCACGGUUUCAAUUCCGCGAGCUUCUGGCUAGACUAGAACUUCAGGCGCGGCAACUUCGCGCUGCUGGUACUCGAAAUGUCGCAGAGAAUACAAGACUCCUCGCCGACUUGCAAAACACGAUAAAAGAUGUGGUCAAUGCCGUGCAAAGAUAAACCAGGGAGACUGACAACCAUAUUCUCCAUCCGUGUCUCCACCCUUGUUCUCGUCCUCGUUUUCAUCCGGCACAGUAUGGAAUGUUUGCGCGUCUACGCUCGG